AUGAAAAUAACCCUAAUCUUUAGUUUUUCCCUUCUAAUCGGAACAUUAUGCGAUGAAUCCAAGUACGGUCUGACCACCCGAGAGAAUGAAAUUCGACUCGGAUCAUGUGGAGAGUCAUUGGGUGAAACCCUGUGGCUGGCUCCGCUUUAUACAAAAGAAGGAUAUGAGCAGAAAUUGAGAGAAGAAAAGAUGAAUGAACAGAAGAAAACUACAGUAAUCCCUGAAGUGGAAACAACGACAACAAACGUGGAAACAGAGUCGACAACUGAGAAGAAAACAACAGAAGAUGCAACAACUGGGACCACGGAUUCUACUGAAGAAACUGUAACAGUGACAGAGAAAACUGAAGAAACUUCCACCGAAUUGAUGUUGACAACGACGAAACCAAAACCAUCAUCAAUCCUCACUUCAAACGCCGUCUUCAUAUCUCAAAAUCAUUUGCUUCUGUCAUCUUCAUGGUUUAUCCGCUAUUUGGACUCCACGUGGAAAUGGAAGGAUAACAAUCGAACAGUGAACGAUUCGAUUUGCAAAAAAGACAGAAAUGCCAGUUUCCUUACGAAUCAGCCCAAUGGAUAUGUCUUGGAUAUUCAUCGACAAUGGAGAAAAGUUGAAGAAGUUCGCAUUUUUGUUCUCAUUCCAGACUUCCAGAAUUUUCAAUUUCAGAUAAUAUUCCUCCGAUUCUGUGAAUUCCACAAGAACUCUGAAGGUUUCCUCGCGUUGAUUUCUGUCUCUCGAAAGGGACUGACAACGGUUCCAGUUGUUUGUUUACCUAAAAAAUAUGGAGAGGAAUCAGAGAAAAGAGUGGAGCAAAUUGAGUGGUCGAGUGAUGCAGAAGUGGUGAAUUCGGUUAAAAAAUGUGGAACGACUGGUUCCUCGAGCUAUUAUACACUUGGUGAUUCGUGCAAAAUGAGUCGGGGAGCUCCUCUAGUGGAAUCAGAUCCUCUUGGUAUCCAGCGGCUUAUUGGGGUUGGGGUGCAAGACAUCACCGGACUAAAGCCUCACUUCCACAUAACUCAAAAAUACAUUAAUGAAAUUUGUAAAACAGUGGGAAUCUGUAAAUUGGAAACAGGAGUAAUCGAUCAAGUGCCGAGUGAUAAAGAUGAGGAAGUGAAGAAAAUAAUGGACGAUGAUUAUGUAGAAAUAGUUGAGGAACCUGAAAUUUCGGUAUAUAAUGGACAGGAGGAAAAGCGAAUGAUAUUUGAGACGAUUGGGCUAAUUUUGGUUUUUUGGAUCUUUAAAUAA